AUGAAGUCCCUCCGAUCCAUUACAGGGUCCUUGACGCCAAUCCACCUCCUUACACCCUUCGUUUUCCUUCUUCUCACCUCCUCCCCACUCGUCCAACAUCGCACCGCCUCAGCACAGGCAAGCUAUAAUCCGGUCACUGUCAGUGCACCGGCCUUUGCAAGGACACAGACAAAGCUCUAUAUCCUCGGUGGUGCCACCUCGGACGGUAUAGCUCUCUCACAGUUCAUGUAUCUGGAUCUUAGCGUGGGCUGGACAACUGCGGCUCCAGCAUGGACGAGACUCGCCGACGGACCCCCGCAGUUCAUCUUCCCGGCCGCAUUCACCUCUGACGAGCAGACCAUGUUUGUCUUUCACCUCAUUGGCUCGAAUAAGCCUCAGCAGUAUAAUGUCCAGACGAACGCCUGGUCAGUCACCAAUUACACGUUCAGCAACAUGGCACAAACGGGGGUCAGCGUUGUCACGGACCCGAACACGGGUCUGAUGUACCUCGCCGGAGGCUACAGUUCCUUGAAUUUCGAUAACACUACAAUGACCUUCUCAAAGCUGGACACGUUCGACCCUCUCACGCUGAGUGUCCGCCAAACAGAUGUGCCGACGUCGACCGAUGUGUUCCCUGCGCGGUUGUACUACGGCAAUGUAUGGAGUCAGGCGAAGAGUGCGGUUUUAUACUUUGGCGGGAACAAUCCCAACAAUUACACGUCUCCCCAACCGUUGGAGAAUGUUGUGUCUGCGUUCGCGCCUGCCACCAUGUCAUUCUUUAUUUUGAAUACUGGAGGAACUGCACCUCCAAUGAGAUCCGACCACUGCAUGGCCGCAAACGAAGACGGGUCAAAGGUGCUGAUUUACGGAGGACGACUGCGAUCGAACACCGUCGGCAGUGAUGUAUUCGUCCUUGACGUCAUUGGCCAGACGUGGACUCAAGGAGUCUCGUCCUACCAGUCACGGAUGUACACCGCUUGCACAGUUGUCGGGGACCAGCUCUUGAUCUGGGGUGGGGCGGCGAGUGUCUUCGGUAUCACGGUGGCCCCAGCCGAGAUAUUGAUCUACGAUUAUGUAAAGAGGAUCUGGACCACGCAGUAUACUCCGCCGAAACCGACUCCUAACUCGAACACAGUAGCGAUCAUCGCAGGCGUGGUUAGUGGAUUGGCUUUGGUCGCAGCGGUGGUUGGGAUCUUCUUCUUUCGGCGUCGGAGGAGUCGCAGGAAGGAUCGCAGGUUAUUAGGGGACGCAUCGAGUGAUGAUCCGGAAGAGGCCAAGAGUCAUGCGAUCGCUGCGGCGUCCUUGGGAUCCGGUAGCGGUAGUAGGAAUCAUGACAAUCAAGCCAAAGAUCCGAUGGAGUCGAGCGAGGAGUAUGAACUGGAGCGGACGCUUAUGGAUCUGGAGGAGCAGAAGCGAGAACUGGAGAAGAAGCAGCAAUUGCUGGUGUUGCAGCACCGUGCUGAUAAUCCGGAGCAUGACUUGCAGGAUGCGGUGGCGAAGGUGCAUAAGCGAGGGCCUAUGGCGUAUGUCGAGCCUGAUGCGGAGUAUAUACCUGUCCAGCCACCGACUUAUCCGGACCAUCAACAACAUCAGCAAGGAGUACUUUCCCCACGGACCUCAAAUACCGCAGGAACGACGUUUUCGGACAGGGGCUCUGCAUGGUCACCACCAACAGCAGCAGUUCGGGUAGUGUCACCAACCUACGCCGCAACCUCCCCCCUCUCAGCAUCAUCCUAUAUCUCCCCAUCCUCCAUCGUCAGGACAAGUACAAAGGGAGACAUACAAGGCGGACUAGUCCAAAUGGAAUCUGAGCCCUUGUACGAACUCACUCCAGGUUUCGUCCCAGGGACUCCAGAUCUGGUGUAUGAGCAGAUGACAGGAAGUGGGAGGCAGUGGGCCCGGAAGGCGCAGGGGCCACAGAUAGUCAUGGAUCCUGAGGAUGGUACUGUGAGGAUCCCACGGUCGCCGGCUACGAUACCCCUCCCGUAG